AUGGCGGCGGCUCCGUGCGCCUUCUCCCCCCGCGGGUGCCGCUUGUUCGCCUCGGCCGGGCCCGACGGGAGGCUGCGGGUGUGGGACACGGCCGGCAGCCGCCUGCAGCACGAGUUCGUGCCCUCCGCCCACCUCAGCGCCGCCUGUACCUGCCUGGCCUGGGCCCCGCUGGAGGCGCGGCAGCCCCUCGGGAAGGUGCGUGAGGGGAGGGAGCGGGGAGGAGGAGGAGGGGGGGACACGCGUGAGGAGCGGGAUGGGGAUGGCGGCCACCCGAGCAGCCCUGACGCGUAUCUGGCAAACACAGUUGAAGAAGACAAUGAAGAAGCAAAGUAUGACAUUUUCCCAUGGGCUUUGGGCAAAGCCUGGAGAAAGCUCUUCCCUGAUUUCUUAAAGUUAAGAGAUCAACUUUGGAGUAGAAUUGACUACAGGGCUAUUGUAAGCAGACGCUGCUGUGAAGAGGUGAUGGCUAUUGCUCCAACACAUUACAUCUGGCAGCGAGAGCGCUCUGUGCAGCACAGCGGAGCUCUGAGGAGUUAUAAUGAUCAAGUGCAGCUGCCCCGAGGACCCAGUGCUACUCCUACAGAGUGCCUGCUCUGCGGGAAGAAAGGCAGAUUCGUACGACUUGGAUUAUCAUCUUCCUCCUCAUCUACUGACACUUUGGAGAUGAUGGACUUACACUUAUCCCAGAAUUCACAGGACACCCUUUCAACUAAAAAAAUGCUUAUCGACUCUCCUUCUUAUAAAGCCCAAGUAGACUGUCAGAGGCUGUCCAGCAAAAGGCAACUAUGUAGCACCCUGGAUCAAGAUACGUCUAUGGACUGGUUUACAAGCAAUGGAGAAUGA